AGGCUGCUGGGAGGCUGAGGGUUCCACACCCAUGAUCAUAUCGUUGCAUCUGCUUGCGGGCUUUGACGACAUUAUAGACUACGGCGAACGGUGCUGGAAACCUUGUUUCGCUGGAGGAACCGCGCAGUUGCCUACCGACCACAUAUAAGUAUAUCUCACGGCAGAUCUCUCUUUCUUGCGGUCACCCACCCUUCGCUGCAACACUGCUCGAGCUCAUAACAGACCGGCAAGAAAAGACGCUUCAACCCCCAAAAUACAUACCCCUCGAACCAUGCGCUUCAUCGCGACUAUCGGCCAGCUGCUCCUCGCCGGAGUAGCUUUGGCACAGAGCAACACGAGCUGCUCGCCCUCUUCCUCGGAUGCCCAGGUCGUCGAGUAUGGCUGGGCGCUCUCGUACUUCCUGGACCGCUACUAUAACCAGGUCCCGCUCAACCAGACCUUCCUGCAGAGCGCAACCAACGACUCCGACGCCGAGUACUACCCCAACUUCCAGGGGAUCCAGCGUCUGAACCGCCUGGGGACACGCGCCGCCCAGCAGCUCGGGUCUAGAAUUUCCGGCUUCACGGCUCCCAACUGCAGCUUCACCUUCCCCAAUGCCAGCAGCGCCGAGAGCUUUGUUGAGAAUGCCUUGACCCUCGAGUCAACCGUUGCUGGUGCCUACAUCGCCCUGGCCGGCUACACUCAGGCUCCUGAGGUGUCCUUCCUGUGGGCUCGUCUGGCGGCCGAGCACACGGCGCACGCCUACUACCUGGCCAGUAACCAGGAGGACAUCCUCUUCCCGGCCAACAGCUCCGGUCUGGUCCCCGCCUAUAGCCCGGCCUAUGUGCUGUCCUCCGGUAGCCAGAAGGGCAAGCUCGGUCGCUACCUCGGCAGCUGUGUCUCAGCGCCUCCCGCACCCUGCGGCCAGACCUUGUUCAUCGGUCCCUUCGGCGCCACCUUGGCUCCCAAUGUAUCCGCCAGUGCUGCGGCCGCGAGCUCGGCUUCGCUUUCCGCUUCAGCGACUCCUUCUCCCAGCUGGGCGAAGAGAUCUCUCUUCUAAGCCAGGAAAAGGUACAACAACCGAUAAAUCUCGCCUAUGUCAAUGCUAUCCCCAAGGAUAAUCGAUAUACCGGAUUCAGGCGAUGAUCGGGGAACGAGGAAGUUUUGAUAGUGAUUGGGUGGAACGGCAAUCUCUGUGGCCUAUUCCUGUAAUCAUAUUUCUUAAUAAUUAGCAUUCCGACUUUUUGUGAAUUAAAGUUAAGACCAAGACCAAGCACUGUUGCUGCCUAGGUCCGGAAUUGUCCUCUGUCUUUUGGUUCCGAGUAGCUCCGGCGCAUCUAUGCCUGCCCCUCUUUGAAG